ACUAACUUCAGUUGGCUUUAAUUUGUUGUAAUUAAUCCAUCAUAUCCCCGGCCAGCCCCCUGACCUGAGGUAGUGUGGAUUUUGGACAUCAAGCUAAACUAGCUAGCUAAGUGGGCAGGCCAGCAAUUAAGUACAGAGAGAGAGAGAGAGAGAGAGGCAUGGCAUCCAGCACUACUUCCCCCAUUUCUCUGUCAUCACCAUCAUCAUCCACCUUGGUUGACGCCAAGGCGGCUCCCCGUCACACUGCUUCUUCACAAUGCGUCACCCUUCCCACCCUCCCUCCCCCUCCCCCUGCAGCUGUCCACUCUCAAACCACCAGCCGCGCCGCCAGAACCACCGCCUACUGCCGGAAGAUUGCGAGGAAUGUGAUGGCAAUGGCCACUGGGGAGGUCACAACCGCCGAAGUCGCAACUACCGAGUUGCCUGAGUUUGUCAAGACCAUUCAAAAAACUUGGGAAAAGGUGGAAGACAAAUAUGCUGUCACUUCCCUUGCUGUUGCUGGAGCAGUUGGACUUUGGGCUUCCGCCGGAGUUGUCGCCGCACUCGACAAGCUUCCUGUGGUUCCUGGUUUUCUUGAGGUUGUAGGAAUCGGCUAUACUGGUGUAUUUGUUUACAAUAACCUUGUGUACAAACCAGAUAGAGAAGCUUUGAUACAGAAGGUAAAAGACACAUACAAGGAAAUACUUGGAACCAACUAAAGUGAUAUAUGUGAAUUUCAAUCAGACACGCUUUCAUUUGAGGCGGCGGCAUUAUUGCACCCACCCAAAAUGUAACUAUAUAUAUAUAUGUUGCUUCCACUUCCAUAAUUUUCUAACAAAAUAAACAAUGUCCUGAAGACAUAUAUAAUUAAUUUUCGAUCUGAUCGAUAUAUUUGAAUUGUAUA